CUGGAGAGAGUGAAAGAAGGUGGUCAGCUAGCUUUAGUUAAGAGGGAAUAGCCAAGGUGAUCCUAGGAUGCUGGAAGGCUGAAUACCUUGAUUUUAGAGGGAGGCGAGAUAAGAGUUUUUUCUUUGGCCGGACCAAUCUGAGCUGACGGAGGUAGCAAUUUCAAACGGAAGGUAAGACGAACGAAGAGAAGAUGUUCCUCACAAACGGCCCCGGAGGGGGUAGCCAAGGCAAUGCUAACGCGGCACCAAGUUUCAGCAAUGGAGGAGGUCAGAAUAUGGUUGUCGGACAAGGCUACAUCAGCAACAAUGGCUUCAUGAGGGGAGGUGGAGGCACUGGUGGAGGUGGUGGCGUUUGCUAUAAUUGCGGGAAGUUUGGGCACAUUGCCUGCGAUUGUUGGGCGGGGAGGAACCGGAAUCCUGGGAACCCGCAUUUUGACUUGGAAUUAGAAGAGAUGAAGGAGCAUUUUAAGCAAGGAAUUAAGUAUACAAAGAAACCCGAGGCGGUGGAGCUGCUAGCAAGGCACCGGGUGGAGCUGGCGUAUGACGGCUUCGAUGAAGGGCAGCGGACGACGAAGGAGUCAACCAAGAUGAAGGCUUUCGGCUCACCUCGGAAGGAGUUCACGAAAGACUGUGUCACUACAGAGAAGAAGACACAGAAGCCGGUGCCAGUUAUCAUUCGGUCAACGCCGGUUCACGGAGACACCGGAUUGAUGCUUACCAGCCCCCUCAAACGCGGCGCUCUGGGAGUGUUUACACGAUUGGCUCCACAAGAGAACUACGCAGAGGGAGGAAGGUAUGAUGGGCGAAGCGGCACGUUCAGUGGAAGCAGCACGUUCGGUGGAAGCAGCGAUCACAACGACUGCGUUGAUGCUGGUAGUCCAAGGAAAGAUCCCAUGAGGAGGAUAGCGAGGGCGCUGCAUCAGUUUAUCAAGCAGCUGCCGGCGAACAGUACCUUCUACCUGAACUCGGUAUCGGAACUGGCGGAGAGACUCGAGGGGACAUCCCAGCAGCUGAGGGCAUCAGGCUGCCUACAAGCGGUGGGAAAAUGCUAUGACGUGAAAGAGAUGUUCUCUCGCAUACCACACGCCGCGGUAAUCCAGUCGGUUCGGGAGUUACUCAGAUUGUACGAAGACAAAGGCCGCCGACAGGUUCGGGUGUCGAUGAGGGGGAAGAUAUGUGUCAUCAGUAACAAUAGAAGAAAGAUGGAGGGAUAUGUAAGCCUGCCACUGAGAACUAUCAUGGAGGGAGUGAAGUAUGACCUCACGCAUUCAAUAGUGAAAUGCGGUGGUAAAAUAGUCAGACAGGUGUUCGGGAUUCCUAUGGGGAAAUCUACCAGCCCCAUCCUUGCGUCCAUCACCUGUGCGAUGGCGGAAAUGCGGUUCAUCAGGGAACUUGGGAGUGAUAGAAAAUUGAUCGGGGGUUGGCGGAUUAUGGAUGACAUUACCAUCAUCGUCGGGAUCGCUCACCGAGUCAGUAACAAGGAUUACCCGGAGAACCUAUUUGAAGCCUUUGAGUCCAUCUACGACAAGAAUCUCGAGGUCAUCCGGAAAGAUGAAUGCGGUGCAACCUGGGAUUUUGUAGGGGGCAGUAUGUUGAUCUGCCAAUCUCCCUUGCGAAUCCGCUUUAUACCAAGUACCAAGAACACCGAUUCACUGUAUAAGGAGAGGAAGCUGCAGUUCCAGUCAAUGCAGGACUACAAUUCCUAUUUGGCUAAGAGCGCGAAGAAAGGCGUGCUAACCACCACGAUUAAGAGGCUAUGGGAUCAGACCAUGAGCAAGGAGCUGGUCUUAGGGGCAAUCGGAUUCGCCAUCUGUGAGGCAAACCUCCGGGGGUGCCCUGGCCAGUUUGGCAAAGGUUGUGUCGAGCAAGGCACUGCAAAGCAUGCUGGUUGCUUUGGCCUAUACGGCGGACUAGAACAGGAGAUGGGUCGCUCCCCUGUGUACCGUUACCUGGUUGUCGGCCAGAAGGUCAACAACAAGGGGGUCAUGAUGCUGCGUUGCACUUUUUGCAACAAAGUAUUUCAGGGGAGCCAAUUCCAGCCGACGAGGCAUUUCACGCAGACGAACUACUGCAAGGACGUCAGCGACGAGGCUUUGUACGAGAUCACGCGACGGAGUCAACAAAAGUUCGAGAGCGAUCAAAUGGAGAGGGUUGCCAGGUACGCGGCGGAGCGCGGAGUCGAUGUGCCUGGCACGGGUGGUGUGAUGGGAGGAGAGGCGGGGCGGCAGCCCGUGGAGGGAGCGUUAGGAGGGGUCGGGGGAGAUGGUGGAGGUGGAGACACGGAGGAGGGCGCGAUCGACGUCGAUCGCGAGGCGCGUGCGGUGGAGACCCACCGUGAGGAGCUGGCGGAGGAGUUGGAGGAGGUGAGGCAGCCAUUCUGGAUCAUUGGUGCCACCCUCCUCUCCGACGGGAGGAAAUCACGAGACGGGAGACCGAUCGUGAAUUUCCUUGCCGCCGGCUCGCGAGGGGUCGUCGUCUACACGACGAUCAAUCGUGAGGGCGAGCCGGACGAUGCAGUGCACGUCCUUCGGAGAUGGGUGACCAUCUUCCACGAGUUUAAUUUCGGCGGCCUGCAGCGGUUCAAUGCGAUAUGCACAGACUCCGCAUCGGCGUACGUGGGGGCUGCGAGGGCAUUGGCCUCGUCAGGCAUCCCUCCUGCAAUCAGGAGGAUCACUUGGCUUCUGUGUUCCGUCCAUGUCUGCAACAAAUUGUUGUCACACAUUGGGACGAGUUGCGACGCGUUUCUGGACGCGAUUACACGCGCUCGUGUUCAAGUGGUGUUUUUCAAAACCCACCAAGCCGCCCUUUAUUUCUUUAGGAAGCGCAGCCCCAACAAGGGGCUUGUGCUUUCUUGCGAGACGCGGUUCGCGUCUGUUUAUUCUAUGUUGGAGAGACUGUUGGCCCUGCAGGACGCUCUGCAGGCGAUGAUGCGAGGGGAUGACGGGCGGGAGUUUGCUUUUAUACCGUGGUCCGUCGAUGUGUGCGACAUGGCGCGUUGGGUGCGCCGGCAGAUCAGAUGGGAGCCUUGGUGGCACACGAUGGCCACCAUAGUCCACAUCACGCAGCCCGUCAUGGAGCUGCUUAGGCGGAUGGAUCGUGGGGGGCAGUACAUGUCCCUCAUGAUCGAGUGGACACAGGAUCUUGUCCGCCGUGUCACUUAUGCAUGUGCUCCUUUGGGGAGGGUUUUCGUUGACCGGAUCAUCAAGCGUGUGCAGGCUCGCACACAGCACAUGCUGGAGCCUGCUCACUGCGCGGGGUUCUUACUGAACCCCCGCAGGCGACAUGUUGAGUACUUUUCGGGCGAGGUGAGGGAUUACCCUCGUUGGCUUGUAAGGCAAGCCAAGAGGUACAUUUUGACGCAGACGGGUUACGAGGAGGAUGGUGUGGAGUACAUCAUCGCAUGUCGGCAGUUUGAGGACUUCCACAUGCAGCAGGGCACAUUUGGGGAUUGGGGAGGGGGGGAGGGGCGUGAUCGUGGGCGUGCUUGCAGCGGCGACAGGGAGACGAUUGAUUAUGUGCUGCCAUGGCAGCGGGACGAGGGCAUGCUAGACUGCCAGGCCGGACUGGAGUUGGAGCCAGUGCGCACGGGCACGCGCAGGGGGAUGACGCCGGAGGAGAUUGCCCGUCAGGUUGCGCUUAUCACCCGGGAUCCCAUCGGGGUCUCCGCACCACCCGCCGCUGAGGCCGUAUUCGGUAGACGUGCUUCCAUUUUCCGUCCUUACCCCAGGGAGGAUGAUUUCGACGAGGAGCCGGUACCCGAGGCAGCGGACGACCCCGCGCUCCGCAUUCCCCAUGAGAUCGACGAGACACACCUGGAUCCCGAGGAGGACACCAGGGCGCAUACUGCAGGACGGGACGCUGACAGGGCGAAGAGGGAGAUGAUGGGGGGAGAGGAGGAGUUGUGGGUACCGUUCGGGGAGGUCGCUUCGACGGGCGGCACAGGAGCGCGGGCGACGAGCCCCGCUCCGACGAGGCAGGAGUCGUCCAUGCCGCCACCUUCUGCUCCGAGUCGUGCACCGCCAUCGCCCGUCGCGCCAUAUGAGCCGACCACAUCAGCAGAGGACACGGAGGAGUUGGCGUCCUCUUUGCCUCAGCGCGGACUACUCCACAGAGGCGGGGUUAUAGCUGUAGCAGCAGCGACUUCAUUGCUAGAGGAGAUGGCAGCUUCAGUGUUGGCGGACGAGGCACCAGCGCCAGGGGGAGGAGAUGCAGUGGAGGGGCAGGCGGGAGGAGCUGGAGGAGCAGCGGGAGGAGCAGCUGGAGGAGGAGCAGCUGCACUGGAUGGGCUUGUGGCUGCAGCAGCAGGAGCAGCUGGAGGAGCGGAUGCAGUGGAGGGGGGAAUGCCAGGAGCAGUGGAGGAGGAGAUAGGGACACAGGUGGAGGCGUCACGUGGGGGCAGAGACGAGCGCCUCAUGCAGCAGUUCCUCACGGAGCAGUAUGAUCCGGUCAUGGCGGGUAUGACCCCAGGACGGCGGCGAGACGAGGGUGUGGGUGAUGCACGAUGUGUGGUCCAGGAGACAAUGAUGGGUCUAGUCGUUCCGUUCUCGGGCCUGCACUUGGCUCAGGGCCGACAGUCGCAGCCGGUGCCGGUGGCAGUGCAUGGUGUGCCGCCGCCCGUUAUCACGGAUUUGGGGUCCGAGCCGGUGGUUGGGCCACCGCGUCUUCCUAGUCACUUUGCUCCGCAGGAGGUCCGCCGUCCUUUGGAUGCAGACGAGUUGGCGAGAGAGGUUGUCCGCGAUGUGACUUGCUUGGACCGGUGGGUCUUUGACCAGAGGCUACAGCAUCCACCAUGGCAGGUGAUCCCUCCAGUUCCAUGGGGUCCUGCAUCGCCGGUGUGGUCUGGGUCUACCUCCACCGGAGCACGUACGGCGGAAGAUGUUCCAGGGGUUUCAGGUGGCGUCGUGGAGACGGCGCCAUGUACACGAGACUUGCCACCCCCUCCUCCUAGACCACCUGUAGGUGAUCCGUCAUCGUCGCCCACAGGCAGAGGCUCUCGAUCUCCACACACGCCUGGGAGGUCUGGGAUUCAGGAGACUACAGUUGUUGUGGGGGACGUGAGUGACACAGCGUUGUUCGGGAGGACAGACAUAGAUUUGGAUUCCACCCGCCGUGUCACGGAGCACACUGCACGUCUACAGCCGGGUUUGGGACCCCGCGGUGGCAGGAUGACCGUAGCGAGGGAGGUGGCAGCAUCAGGUUGUGAGCCUCAGCGAGGUCCCGAUAGAGGAGUGUCCGCCGAUAGCUUGGAGUACGCUCUGAUGGCAGCGAUGUGUGUCGUACAUGAGCAGACUCCACGCAAGCGCGGAGUGCCUCCUCGUCCACGCCCCGUGCCCGCAGAGGGAGGAGAUGCACUUGGAGAGACUUCGGGGGCAGAGGGGUUGGGGAUGCCUCGUGGAUCGCGCCGUGAGCAGACGGUUACAGAGGCUAGUGCGAGGGUUGUUGUGUUGAGGAAGGCAGGAGCCCCUGUCACCAUCGAGGAGGAUGAUCCUGAGACAGAUGUGGCAAUGCGGGUGGAGGACGCGGACUAUGAGGGCGAGGAGGAGGGAGAGGAGGAGAGCGAGGGAGGUUCCGAUGUCGUCUUCGUGAAAGACCGUAAUAAUUUUCGAGUCGUCGGGGCUGUGAGCGGAUGGGAAGAUUGUUCAGAGGGAAUUCGUACAUUCACCCUUCAGACAGCAAAUGGGAAGAACGGUCAUCCUGAUGAUGACGCCCAGGGUGUCAGAUUGGCUUGGAAAAAGUUUCGAGGUUUCGGCAAGCAAGCCACCAUGCUUCUGUUUUACACAGCAAUAACAUCAGAUUUAGAACCGUCUGUUCUCUUGCGGAGCUUCUUCGAUGACAAGGAGAGAUUGGUGCCGCCAACCAGGUGUUUAGAUGUGCCGCAGGAGCAUCGUAUUUCGAUGCCGAUAGCGUAUGUUGGCAAUGACGAGGACCGCACUCGAACUUCAGAAUUGUCGACUGAUGUAACUACGGAGGGUGCGACUGGAGGGCUUGACCCUAACUACGUUCCUGAGCAGCAAGACCCCUCAGAUGCUUAUGAAGAAUCCGAGCCAGAAGGUGAAGCUGUCGAACGCAGACAUGCGGAGGGGGCGGUCGCCGAGGUGGCUCGGGCUCCAGUAAGUGCUAUAAAUGAGCCGUCGCCCCAGGAGGGGGCGGUCGCCGACAUGGCUGAGGCUCCAGUAAGUGCUACGGAUGAGCUGUCGACUAGGGCGAAGACGACUGGAGUUAGUACUACUGUUGGACAUCCUGUGGUUGCGGAGCAGCAAAGGGGUGGGGAGACGGGUAGACGACCUGUUGCGGUGGGAGAAAAGAGAAGUGGAAAAGAAUCUGGCAGCAAGGGGGCUGGAGACGAAGACACCCCUCGUUUAUCUUCACAAAAGAAAAAGAGAACAGGUACCCCUCGCCAGACAUCUGACAAGAAGAGGAAAUCGGCGGGAAAGAACCCGGAAACACCGAAGGCGAGACGGGGAGGUGGAUUGGGGGAAGGGUCAUCGAAAGGCAAGCGGGCACGAGCAGAUGAAAAUGACAGUGAGGACGACAAGGAAAAGGUUGUCCAUCUGGACGCCGGGUACUUUCUGGAAUGGAAAGAGGGUAUAAAGAAAGAUGUCACUCUUUCUAUCAACCCCGAGAGGGUAUUGGAGUUGCCGGCGUGGGAAAGGUCGUACAAUCAUCGUUCGAUCGACCCAACGCACAUGGCAUAUAUAUUGAGGUCUAUGAUGGAUGCCUUCAAGAAGAAAGGAAAGACGUACGAGAAGCCAAUUUUGAAAUUGGCGCCAAUCGCAGGGCUUCCUAGCCCCGGACGGAAGGCUGUUCGUGUGACCCCGGACAAAUUCAAUGUGGAGAACCCGAACGAACACUGGUACUACGCUUGUCAUCGUGCUGUCACCGGCAAUAUAAAGUUCAAGACGGAUUUGGUUUGUAAAAAUGAAGAGUUUCAGAAAGCCGCCUUGAGGAAAAGGCCUUACUUCAACCUUUGGGGGUUGGCUGAUGAGAAAUCGAAGAAAAAGGAAUGGACGGAGAGACUGAGGUACUACUUACCUCUGGUGAUGACGGACGAUGAAACGUGGAUGCUUGGCAUGAAAUUCUACGACGAGUGGGAGAAGGGCCAUCUGCUCGCCCCUGAUGGCGCUGUGUGGACGAAGAGGCCUCCAACAAUGGACCCGAAAGUCACCCGUGAGGGUCAGUCAUUUGCGGAGGACAACAGUGGUCAUAAGAGAGUUGUGUAUAAUGUGUGUGUGACUGAUCCGGAGAUGUGGAAAGGCAAGAAGAAAAGGAAACAGGAGGACCGCGACUUUUUCGUCCAGAUGAAUGAACCCGACGUGCAUUGUUGGAAAGACUUGGGGGAUUUUACAGACGCGGAGAAACGUCGGAUCCUGCGAGGGUUGUUGGACCUGGAUAUUGUCUGGGUGCAGCAAGGAAGAAAGAAGCUGAUUGAGCAGGGAAAGCACGAGGGCCGUGACAACGAUGAUUGGAAUGCCUCCUUUUUCCGGACGGGGGAGCAAUUGAUGGCAGAGUACGCCUCCAAGGGACUUGACGAGAAAUUGUGGGCGGGCUGCAGGAAAUGGGUCACUGAUCACUCGUACCUCAAGGAAUGCCCGCAGUAUCUCGGCUGUCCGAGUGAUAAGGACGUGGCGGCAACGAGGAAGUUGGUUAAUCACGAGAAGUUUCCUACUGAAUGGAAGCGGGUUGUGCUGUCUGUGCUCAAAGGUGAACGUGGAAAAUGGGUUCGGAGGAGUCAAGUUAAGAAACACUACCAAAUCCGGAACAGUGUGUGGGCCGACGAGGACAGGAUGUAUUUUUUUUACCACGGGGAUGAUCUGAAGCUUAACACCCCACCGACAUAUGAGGGACGAUUGUCGGACGAUGACGCUGCAGCUCUUGGGAAAAGGCAAAAGGUGACACCCUCGGACAUUUCCGAAACACAGUUCACGGCCACGACGUAUGCAUCGGCAGGUGUGCACCACCUGAAGGGGUUCAUCUAUAAGGAAAUGGAGCGCAACCCGGGUAUGUUAUCGGGUCACAUAGAGUUCUUCUGCCCAGUCGAGAAUGCAGUUAUGUUCAUCGGCAAAGCACACGCCCAGGUUGUGUGGCAUCUCCUCAAGAGCGGGCGCCAUGUUGUGGCCAUCGAGGGAGACACAAAGCUCCUCAACUUCUUGAUGAUAUUUGUUGCGCACGAGGUGCACAUGGGUGUGAACAACUGUGAAUUCUACCAGGUGCAGAAAGAGGUCGACCAUGAUCCACACAGGAACAUGUGGUUCAAGCUGUCAGCUGAGAAAAGGGCGAAUGUAUACAAGUUUCUGUUCCUCGACACAAGACCAAAACUAAGAUUCGAGGACGACUACAAGUGUCGCCGAGAUGUCGUGAUUGGUGCAUUGGAUGGCUUUCAUGGUGCUUCUAGGGAGGCUGCGGCCAACUUCGUGGAGAAAAUUGAGGAAUGUUAUUUCGACAAUGGCAAGGUGGAACUCACAUUAAAUUAUUACAAGGCUCAGUUCACCGAAGAGGACAAUUUCAACGCAAACGACGAGGAAGAAGUCAGCGAGGGUGAGGAGCCUUUGGAUUUAGAGACGGUAUAUCAGAAAUAUACCGCAGAUGCGGAGUCGGUCGACGUGGCUUCCACCAACGAUCCAAGACGCGACACUCGAAAGUGCGAAGUUGUUACGGAUGCCACUUUCCUUCGCGGAGAGAAUGUGGUGGAGAAAACUGUAGGCGGGUCAUACUCCCCCAGAAGGACAGAUUCUCUUGCGAGUCCUUGUGCAACUGGGUCUGAGGUGGAUAAGGGGCGGGUUGGCCUUUUUUCUGCUGGCCCCGGAUGUAUCCGCCAUCCAAGCGGGCGCGUUAGUGUGGAGCAGAAUGAGGACCUAGCUGUCGGAAGCAUUUCGGCCGGUGGCGGAUAUAUCCGCUCCUCGACGCAUCAACUCAGCAGCACCGACGACCCCCUUGCCCUGGGUAUGGAAGACCAGGAGACUGCACCCUUUGACACACAUUACAGUGGUUCCGAGGGCGGGCAUGUCCCUCUGACAAAUGCAUCGGAGGAACAUGCACGCGGGUCAUACAAGGGGCGCGGGCUGCGUGAUGCCGGUUCUUUAGCUGGCGCCGGAUAUAUCCGCCGUCCAGGGCUUCGUGUCAGUGCAGAGCAGAAGGAGGAGUUAGUUGUCAGACCCAUUUCCACCGGCAGCGGAUCUAUCCGCUCCUCAGCAGAGCAGCCACGUAGCACGGAUAACACCCUUGCCGUGGGUGUGGAAGACCAGUUAUGUUCAGGGUUUCCUGACGUACGGCCCUCCAAAAUCCAUAUGGCCACAGUCGUGUCGGGCGACUGCAAUGAGGACGAGGACGUCACCAUGCUCGAAGUGGAAGAGUUGUUUGUCCGUCAUCCGAUCGAAGAUGAUCUUGUCAAGACACUCUUCCACGAUUCCCCAGUUGUCAUCUCUCCCUCUUCACAAUUAUUAACUCCUCAAGAUGAAGUUCUUGUCAUCCGUGGGAGUGGUGGGACAGCUGGUCGUCCUGUAGAGUUGUGCCCCGAUGCUCCGGAAAAAGUUGUUUGCCUCAUCGAAGCGGACAUUAAGGACUUGUCCCGACUUCCAUCCCAGUUAGAUCGCAUUAUGGCAUCGGCACAGACUGAAGAGUUCGUGCUGGGUCUAAGCGCGACAUGUCUGAGAAAAGACUUGCCACAACCGAAAGUUUUAGACGAGAAGAAUACUAAGGAACAUCUCCAGCACGAAGCCAUCGCUGGUAAGCAGUGACAUGUGUUGCUCACAUUUGGGUCUACGUAGUGUAUGAGCACUUGGAGUUAAUUCACUGACAUGAGUGUUUGGGUCCCACUACUGUAUGAGCAUCUGGAGUUUACUUUUCGAUGUAGCGAGCGGCGAUAUGUUUGGAUAUGUGGGUAAUUGCUGGUUGCCCGUUGGUUGUGCAAUGCGGUGAUAUGUUAUAUUCAUAAUCUCUUUUUAUUUACUUGUUGUACAGGUCGGCCAUCUCCUUCAUGUGUCGUGCGGAGAAACUCGGAAGAGUCUCUCACAAAAACAAAUAUGCCGCGAUUGU